GCAGUGGUCGCGCCGUUUAUCAAUCGCUAGAGCAACAAUCGAGAGUGAGAAUUUUGGGGGGUGGAUUCCGAAUCGUAACGUGAUGCUGCGGCGAUGAUGAUGUUGAAGCAGUUGGCCCAGUGUCUGGCCAACGUCGGGCGGCGGUGAUGAUAACAGAGCAGCGGCAGCUGUAGUAGUGAAAAAACGGGGAGGUGGAUACUCUGUAAUCAAUAGUGAACAACAAUUCGGGUGAGGAAGAUAUCCGAAAACGAAGAGCAGAGAGAAAGUGUGUCUGUAAUGCAGCAGCAGCAGCAGCAGUAGUGAAAGUGGAGGAAUGUUCUAGAGAGAGAGAAAGCGAGUGAAAGAGCGGCCUAUCCUUCGACCUUCGCCGAAAAAGCAAAAAUAGUCCUGUUUAUGUUUUGCCUCACUUUCUCGUGUCGUGUCGUCCUAGAAUAUGUGUGUGUGCGUGUGAUAAGGUGAAUACUAGCUUCCACGGCUAUCACGAGGUGUAAUCAGUGUUCAAGAGUAGUGUUGAUCUGUUUUUCUGUUAUAUCUGGCUCUAAAAAGAAGUAAUUUUGUGUGAAAAUCCAAGGAAGAAAAGUAUUCUAAGCUACACUAUAGCCACAAUAGCUCAGUCAGUCAGUCAAUGUUUGGGAUUAAAGUGAAACUUCGUAUUUAAAAACAUCGUCUCGUCAUAGCUUUACAACUACAACUAGGAAUACCAAAAUGACUCACCAGCAACGGUUGCAGAUUCGGACGGUCGUAGCAGUUCUAACAGUCCUUCCGGCGCUCGUGAUAGCGGCCCAGCAGCAGCGAUUCCGGGUACAACCUCGCGACCUCCAGGUUCUGGAAGGUUCCGAGGCGUUGCUGCGAUGUGAAAUCCAGAACCUGAUGGGCGCGGUCCAGUGGACCAAGGACGGAUUCGCCCUGGGGUUUUCCCAAACGAUACCGGGCUACCCGCGGUACUCGGUGCUCGGUGACCGGACCCAGGGCGUCUACAACCUGCGCAUCUCGAACGCCUCGCUCGAGGACGACGCCGAGUACCAGUGCCAGGUCGGGCCGGCCAAGUUCAACUCGGCGAUCCGCGCCAACGCGAAGCUGAUUGUGAUAUCUCCACCAUCGUCCAUCGAAAUCCAGGGCUUCACGCACAACGCCAAGGUCGAGGUCCGGGAGGGCCAGGACCUGACGCUGACCUGCGUGGUGGCCAACUCGAAGCCGGUGGCCCAGAUCGUGUGGACGCGGGGGAACAUUGAGUACAAGUCUGACUCCAUCGAGAACAAGGUGAUCGAAACCGAGGGCAAACGGUACACGGUGACGUCCCAGCUGCGCAUCAAGCCCACCUCGGACGACGACUACAUGGAGUACACCUGCCAGGCCAAGCACAAGGCGCUCAACCCGGACAAACCGAUGCAGGCCACCGUUCAGCUGUCCGUGCUGUAUCCCCCCGGAGCGCCGUACAUCGAGGGCUACACCCAGGGCGAAACGCUGCGGCGCGGCCAGACGGUGGAGCUGAUUUGCCGGAGCCGUGGGGGAAAUCCGCCCGCCCAGCUCAUCUGGUACAAGAACGGGGCCCAGGUCCGGAUGGCGUACCGGACGUCCGAGCGGCUGUCGGAGAACAUUUACUCGUUUGUGGCCGAAGCCGGCGACAACAAGGCCAAGCUGCGGUGCGAAGCGAACAACGUGAUGGCACCGGCGCCGCUCAAAACCGAGGUUACGCUGAGUGUGUUGUUCGCCCCCACCCACGUGACCAUUUCCGGCCCGUCGGAGGCCCGCGUCGGCGAUCGGGUCCCGCUGCAGUGCCAAACGGCCCCCUCGAACCCGCCAGCGGAGAUCAAGUGGAGCGUCGGUGGCCAUCAGUUCAAAAAUGCCACCUCGCGGACAAUCGAAAGCCCCGAAGGCGGCUGGAUCACGACCUCGAACAUCACGGCCCCGGUGGACACCAGCAAGCGCUCUCUGGUGGUCAUCUGCCACGGGCUCAACAUGCAGCUGACGGAGAACGUCGUCUCGACCCACACGGUCAACAUACUGCUGCCGCCGAGUCCGCCGAUAAUUUCCGGUUACGUGGAAGGCCAAAUCAUCCCGGCUGGAUCCGUGCAGAAGCUGCUGUGCGUUUCCUCCGGCGGCAACCCGCUGGCCACGCUGACCUGGUUCAAGAACGAUAAGAAGAUCAACUCCGUGCUCAAAACCGUGGACAAGUCCGUCUCGGCCGAGCUGACCAUCCUGGCGAACGUCACCGACAACAUGGCCCGGUACCGCUGCGAGGCGCACAAUUCGGCCACCGAAAUUCCCCUGUUUGAAACCAAAACCCUCAGCGUGCACUUUGCCCCGGAAACGGUCAAGAUAACGAUCGACCCGCCCGAGCUGAAGCCCGGCCUGGAGGCCACCCUGAUCUGCGACUCGAGCUCGAGCAACCCGCCGGCGGUCAUCUCCUGGUGGCGGGACGGCAUCGCCGUGCAAGGUAUCAACAACUCGUCGAAGGCGGGCCUCUGGGGCGGCACCGUGUCCUCGCUGGAGCUGAAGGUAAACAUCACCCAGGACAUGAACGGCAACGUCUACACCUGCCAGAGCACGAACGAGGCCCUGCAGCGGAGCGUGCACGAGGCAGUCAAUUUGCAAGUGUUGUAUCCGCCCAAGUUCUCGCCACCCCCAUCGUCGACGGCCGUCGGCGUCGAGGGCGAAUCGCUGACGGUGGCCAUGGUCGCGACCGGUAAUCCGAUGUCCAUCGCGUACACCUGGACCAAGGACGGCCUGCCGAUUCUGUCGUCCGGUGUCCAGCGGAUCGUCUCCGAGGGACCGAUUCUGAACAUUACCAAGCUGACGCGGAACGACGCCGGCGUGUACACGUGCGAGGCGGUCAACUCCCAGGGCUCGGCCAUGAUUAAUAUCACCGUGGUGGUGGAAUAUGGCGCAUCGAUAAAAUCCAUCUCCGAGAACGUGAUCGUAAAUCCCGGCGAGGACGCGAUGCUGUCGUGCACCGUAGAAGGCAAACCGUUGAACGAGGAGCACAUCCGGUGGGAGCGCAUCGGGUACGACAUGACGAUAAAAACGUCCACGACGUACGCGAACGGAACCAGCUAUCUGCACAUCAAGGAUGCCCGCCGCGAGGAUGUUGGCAAUUUCCGCUGUAUCGCCGAUAAUCGCGUUGCGAACCCGACCAGCCGGGAUGUUUUAUUGAUUGUGAAAUUCAUCCCCGAAAUCGACAAGUCCCCGCCGAUGCUGCGGGCCGCCACCAGCGCCGGCGAGCGGGGCCGCCUGCCCUGCCGCGCCCAGUCCGCUCCCCGGCCCAAGUUCUACUGGUCCCGCGGAGGUCAAUCGCUGAACGUGAAUCAAACCUCCAAGUACUACGUCGAGUACAAACAGAUCGACUCGCUGACGUACGAGUCGAUACUGCUGAUCGAGCGGGUCGCCUCGAACGAUUACGGCCAGUACGAGUGCACCGCGCGGAACGAGCUUGGGAGCGUCAAGGAGCUGGUCCGGUUGGACGUGACGUCCCCACCGGAUCCGCCGCUGAGCUUGAACAUCCUGAACGCGACGCACGACUCCGUUACGGUCGCGUGGACGCCCGGAUUUGACGGGGGAAUGAAAGCGAACUACCGGAUAAGGUAUCGGGAGGCGAACAACGACCACUACCGGUACGAGGACAGCCUGGCCAACUCGCACAAGCUGACCAUCACGGGGCUGCGCAUGAACACGCUGUACCUGUUUUCGGUGAUGGCCUCGAACGCGCUCGGCUCCAGCAAGUAUCUGCCGGAUUUGACCCGGGCCCAGACGAAAGACACUCCGCCCUCGCAGCCGGCCUCCUCGCUGGGCAGCAAACCUCCGACGGGGCCACCGCCGUCCUCGAUCGGGGCUUCCGGGCUACUGUUGCUGAUUGGGGUCGCGGCCGGAAUCUGUCUGGUGCUGCUGAACAUUCUGCUGAUCGGGUGCUGCAUCCACCGGCGCACCAGCCACAAGCGGGUCAAGCGGGAUUCAUCCAAUCAGAACAGCAAAUCCGCCACCAUAGAAAUGUACGCACCAAGCUCAUACAAUGACACCGUUACAGGCGAAACCCUGUCCAGCGUGUCGGAGAAGAGCGACUCGUACUCGAACGACGGCAGCCAGCCGGACUACAUGGAUGAAACGCGCAAGAAAGCUGCCUCGACCUAUCUGGUGGAAAACAGCGACAUGCCACCGCCGCGCUACCAAAAGGACGGCACCUUGCCACACUAUCCGAACAACAUCGGCGCAGCCCACACCCGGACGUUGCCCCACCCGAGGCACAACAACGGACCGUACGAGCAGCAGCGCAGCCGGGACGACCAGCUGAUCGGGAAGAACAACUACGUGACGGCGCCGUCCCCGGGCCCACCGCUGGACGGCUCGUACUACAACAUGAACAGCGACCGCUAUCUGUCCUAUCCGCCGAUGCCGCUCGGUUUUCAGGACUACCCCCCGAUGGAGUUCUCCACGCCCCCGCCACUACCCGUGAUACCGGCCCUGCCCGCCAACACGAACGGAACGCUGCGCCGGGGUGGCGGCGCCUCGGCCCGGGCCAUGGUUCCCCCGCCGGACGUGACCCACCACACGCAGCACAGCGCCCUCAACUCGACGACGUCCAGCGGCGGCGGCCCGCUAAACAUCUCGCAGGUGUCCACGUCCACGCCGAAGCAGCCCCAGGGCAUCCUGAAGGACCCGAACAAGCCCCGGAACCAGGCGUCCGGCGGCAGUCAGCAGCAAGUCAUGAACCACCUCAACAGCAUCGGCGGUGGGCUGCAAAUGCUCGGGGUCGUCCAGCAGGGCCAGCUGAACCCGUCCCCGGUGCCGUCGAUGAUUCCGGGCGGGCCCGGUUCCGGUGGCCUCAUCGUCCCCGUCAGCGGCAGUAGUUUAGGUAACAAUUUGCUCAUCGGCACGUACGACCCGAGCAGUACGAACCUGAGCUCGUUCAACGCCUCGCUCGGUUAUACCGACGCCGACGGGCAUCUAGUGUAAGGUGGAAAGAGAUUAGUCUAGGUCAGGGAGGGGAGAGGAAAAUUCUCACAAAACGAAACGAAGCAAAGUCGAGAGGGAGACGGAAAAAACAGAAACACAAAGAGAAUUAAGACAAAGAUAAUUCUAUUAAAGCAAACAAUCUUUUUAACUUUAACGUAUUAUAAUUAUUAUUAUUAUUGCUAGAAGAAGAAGGAGGAGAAGGAGGACGAGAAGAAAAAAGAGAAACAAUUAAAUUGUUGAGUUUGAAAAGUGCGGAAGCGAGAGUGUGAGAGGAAUGCGCGAAAGAGAAGGAUGUUGAACAAUGGUUAGUAGGAUCUUUUUUGUUACUUUUAAGUGGAUGUGAUCAAAGGCGUGUGAGUUGAUGACGCAGACGGAGGGUGAAAUUAGUUUUGUUUGAAUGUCGUUUCUUUCUUUUUUUUAAGUAAAGUUAAGUUUACCCCCCAAGUGAUAGGAUUACUCAGAAUACGUACUUGCUUUUUGUUGAAUAAUGUAUGGCCAAAGGUGGGUUGUGCUGGUUUUGGGUUGAUGUCUCCGAUGCACUUAUUUUUUAAAUUUAUUGUUUUUAAAAUUCCUUUUUCAGUGAUGUUGUUCGAUGAAACAUUAUCCACUUAUUUUCAACAUUUUUAACUUUCUUACAAAAUCACUAAAAAUCUCAAAGAAUUUUUUUUAACUGUGUUGAAGCCUUUGGAGAAUUGGGGCAUCCAUUUGAAUUGUUUGUUUUUUUUUUUUUGUUAAAUUUUAAAGAACAGCA